UUGGGCCUCCGUCCUUCGCUGCUGCUGCUGCUGUCUUUCGUCCCUCAGCGCCAUCUUUUUGCCGAUCCUGCCUGCAUCCUGCACCCUUUGCCCUGAGAGAGACUUCAUCCCAUCUCUAUCCAUCGUGCAUCCUGCGGCAUCAAACAGCAAUCUAUCUUGCCUUCACGCUUGGAUCGCUGUGUCGCUCAUUCGCUAUCUGCAACAUCAUUCUCUCGAAUUUCCGUCCAAAUCAUAUCUCGGGUCCUUGCCCCCGUCAUUUCUGCCCCGGCACCGCCAGCAGUCGCCCCAUAACACUCCCGGAACACGACACCUCAGUUCAUCACUCACCUGAUCCCAACGCAUCAGUCGUCUUCCUGGUCGCCUCGCCUCUCGAUCAUGAAAUCUUUGUGCGACACCUUCCAAUGAUUCACGUGGCAGAUGAAUGGUUUCUCUGACCUACACUUGUCGCGACGUUGAUCCAGCUCCAUAUCUUUCCGGCUCGGGAAUUCUGGCUACCAGCUUUUGCUACGAGUACACGCCAGUAUCGCGCGACAUCGCUUCUACGACUGCACAUACAUUCUUCUUCGAUGCGCAUGAUUCUCCUGCACGCAGAUGUAACGAUACCUCUAUCAGUUUGCGAAUAUUACCAGCGAAUUCGGUAAGAGUGGGGCCAAUAGGAUUCGGAGUUGUCAAGAGGAGGGAAUCAUCCAGUAAUCACAAAAGAUCUCACCGAGACCAUUUGCGCUUACUGCGCAGUCUGAACACCGCGUACAAACACACAGCCUAGAUCAUCCUCCGAAGAUGAUGGCCCAGCCUUUUCCCACCCAUGCAGGUAUGGCUCCUGGACAUCCAGGCAUGUCUCAUGGCCAUCCCAUGGCAGGAAUGCAACAUCCUGGUGGUCAUAUGGGAGGACAACCCGGCGGUAUGAUGCAAGGAAUGCACCCAGGAGUAUCUGGUCCACAAGUCACCCAAGGCCCUAUGGUGUCAGGCAUGCCCCCGGGCGCAGGAACUCCAGCUCCAGGCCCUAUGCACAAUAAUAUGGCAAUGGCACAUUUGGGGCCGCAACAAGCAAUGUUCCCUCAGCAUAACCCGCAGAUGAACUUUGGGCCGAUGCAGAUGACUCCUCAGCAUCAACAAAUGCUGGCUCGGCAACGAAUGAUGCAACAAAUGCAGGCGCAGCAACAGCAGGGUAUGCCAAUGGCCAUGCCUAAUGGGCCUGGUGGCUUUAACCAAGCGCAACUGGCCCAGAUGAAGAUGGGAAUGCACCCUCAGAUGCAGAUGCCUAUGAACCCAAACAACCCACAGAUGCAAAACUAUCAACAGCAACAACAUCAACAACGAUUAAUGCAAGCUCAACAAGCCCAGGCCCAAGCCGCGCAUCAUGCUGCACAACUAGCUGCCAACCAAAGAGCAGCCGCGCAGCAGAUGCAGAUGUCUAGGUCUCAAGAACAAACAACGCAACCUCCUCAGUCGCAACCGACACCGGCUCCCCAGCCUCCAGCGCCUCAGCAAGCGCCACCAACAUCACAACCUCAACCUCAACAACAUCAACAACAACAACAACCACCUCCACAGCCUAAACCACAACCACCCCAACAGCAAACCCCCACCACCCAGCCACAGGGCCAGCCUAGUCAGCCAGCAAAGACCACAGAAGCUGAAGAAGAACAACCUCAGAUUAAACAACAGCCGGAUCUGCCUGCGGCUUUGAUGAUGAACGAUUUACCGAAACAAGACAUUCUCGGUGGUCAGUGUAUUCUACAAUUGAUCAUGUAUCAGGACACUUUGGCCAACCCAGACCGACCCAACGACUUGGAUUACUGGGAGCACACGAUAGCACGGUAUUUUUCGCCGCUCGGAUCGAUGAGACAACAGCUUUUUAGUAACAAGAACGGGAUCGACAAAUCUUUCCAGCUGCAAUUCCCCACUCUUGCGCGUUACUACCACACGCAUUUUGUUGCUGGGGUAAAACAGAUCCUUUUACAAUCCUUUGAUCACAAUCAGAAUAAACUUCCCAAUGGAGGUGUUCACAUAUGGAGUACGAACGCAAGCUUGACCUACGUCUUCAACAACGACAUUCGAGUUACUACGACGGGACAAUUACGAGUCAUUUUUGAUGAGUUUACCAAAAUCGAGCACUUGAAUAUUAGCACGUCUGGUUGGCAGGAGUACAUUCCUAGGAGUGCUCUCACGCAGCCUGCGUCUCCAGAAGAAACCAAGAGCAGUCCCAAGAUCAAUAAAAAUCUCAAACGAGCUCAAGGCAAGGCCAACGCUCCGGCGCAAAUGAUAAUCCCGACUUCAGGAGUGGGUGAAUGGGGCGUGCCAAGUCACAUCUUUCAGUUCUUAGAGAUUACGGAAGUUAUGACAGCAAUGGCCCCCCUGAUGGAAUACUUUCACAGCCAUCCGGGUAUCGGUCCGAGAGACUCAUUACUACGAGUCACCCAAGAGAACGCACAGAACAUGGCUCAGAUGAACAAUGCUCGAUUACAAAAUCAAAUGGCGAGAGCGGCUAAUGGGCAAGUGCCCUUCGGUAACCAAAUGAAUGGCCCAACCAUGAUGAACUCACCGGCCAUGGGUCACCUCGGAGUACCACAAGCCCAAGGCUCUCCCAUGAUGGGAGGUCCUGUACAUACCCCUAGUCCUGCACAAAAUGCAGGGACCGGCGGCGUCGCCAUGAUGCACCAGAUGAGCGCUCAGGGAUCAAACCUUAGUGGCAGUCAAGGUCCAAGCACUAAUACCAGCCCUAAUGUUUCCAACAAAAGGAGACGAGCGAGCGCCGUCAAGGUCGAAGAUGACAAUGCUGGACAAGAACAAAGCGGAGCCAACAAGGUGAAGCCCAGUCCAAAAAUCGGCGGAAAGAGGCAAAAGGCAUCAUGAGUUGCUUGAAAUGCUUCUUAAGGACAAAGAUGUACGACUUCUUUCAGUACACAUGGCGUACCUCUAGGCGUUUUUUCGGAAGCCUGAAGACGGGCUCGAAUGUUUUUAUGUUUUUGAUCACUAAGCAUGGUGUUCAGCCUCAAGUCUUAUGAUCUGAAAUGGGAGUUUAUUGGAUUUAUGCAUAAAAUCUCGUUUUUCUUGGACUGGGGUGUCUAGAUAUGCAAAGGACAGGCGCGUCGAGGAGAGAGCCGGUGUCUCAACAAGUCUCUCUCACCGGUGCAAAGUUUCUCGGCCUGGUGACAAGGGAAUUAGAGCGAGUUUUGAAAUGAAAGAAACUUUGUGGGUGGUCCAGGCUCCUUGGGUCGGUCCUCUUUUGAUUUGUAUCAUAUGCUUUUCUGGAUAUGAAGGGUCGUGAUUCCCUGGAGCAAUUUUGCAUACGAGACUUUGAGUCUUGUUUAGUUGGGAUUGGGAUUGUUUCUUCCCGACAUGCAGCAGUGUGGUCUUGCUUUUUUUUCCUUUUCUAUUGCGUUGCCAUCGAUACGUGAAGAUGCAGAUUAAUGGCCGGCAUGUGUUUCAAGCAGGCAUCACGAGAUACCUGAGAGGGGGGAAGAUGAAUGAGGGCAUGGAGAUGGGAGCAUUCCGUGGGUUGAUGAGAUGACAGUACUGAAGUACUCAAGUAGUGAGCUCGAUUGAAUGCUUGCCGAUUAGAAUUUGGAAUUUAACUCUACAAACAAAAAAACCAAAGACAAUUUGAC